GAGCGAGUUUGCGCUGUCCUCACUAGGAAGUGCGGAGAAUUUUAUGCGCUUUUUUUCAGCUGGGUUGGCUCAUGUCAGCUGGUGGUUAUUUUUUCGUUGUUACAGUUUCAAAAGGCUGCCAUAAAUUGCCACAGCACGGGAUAAUAAUCCGCCAGAGGCGUUACGGCAGAUCUUUGAAAAAUGCCCCGGAGAAAGAGGACCGCUGGCAGCAGCUCGGACGGGACGGAGGACUCGGACUUCUCCGCUGAUGUAGAGCAUGCUGAAGCUGCUGAGAUUGUGCACAGACGCAGCAGCACACGCCUGACUCGCGCGUCUCUGCGACUCAGCCAAAGUUCACAAGAUAACUGCACCUCUCCUGUAACUGUGGGUUCUGAUGAAGCUCUGGACUCAGCUGUAGAGUCAGCGCCGACAGCUGUUGCAGCAUCAGUCUUCUCCUCUGGGCGCAGGGUCACACGCAGCCAGCAGGGGGCGGCAAACACCACAGCCAAAAAAUACCCACUACGGCAGAGCAGGUCGUCCGGCUCUGACACAGAGGCUCACGUAGACAUCAAACAAGGGGCGGAUCGUGACGAGACCCCUCCUCGCACACCAACAGGCAACGCCCCGUCAUCAGAGUCGGACAUUGAAGUUUCCAGCGCGAGCAAUGACCUCGUGUCUUCUAGCAAUGACAUUGUAGUUUCACAAGAGGAAGACGAGAGGUUGGCCAAAGAGCUGUCACUCAAAGAGGCCGCCGCCCACGACCUUUCCCACCGGCCCAAACGACGGCGUUUCCACGAGAGCUACAACUUCAACAUGAAGUGUCCCACACCUGGCUGCAACUCACUGGGUCAUCUCACAGGGAGGCAUGAGAGACAUUUCUCCAUAUCAGGAUGCCCUCUCUACCACAACCUUUCUGCUGAUGAAUGCAAGGGCAAGGCAUCGACGCGCGACAAACAGGCCGAGGAAAGGACGCUGUCGCACCGUCAGGAUGAGAACAGACACUCCACGAGAAACCAGGCCCCUACAGAGCGUCAGCUGCGCUACAAAGAGAAGGUGACAGAGCUGAGGAGGAAGAGGAACACUGGCCUCAAUAAGGAGCAGAAGGAAAAGUACACGGAGCACCGUCAGAGCCAUGGAACGAGCCGCGAGCCUCUGCUGGAGAACAUCACCAGUGACUAUGACCUCGAGCUGUUCAGGAAAGCGCAGGCACGUGCCUCGGAGGACCUUGAGAAGCUCCGUCUGGCUGGCCAGGUGUCGGAGGGCAGCAACAUGAUAAAGACCAUUGUGUUUGGACGUUACGAGCUGGACACCUGGUACCACUCUCCAUACCCAGAGGAGUACGCCCGCCUGGGGAGGCUUUACAUGUGCGAGUUCUGCCUCAAGUACAUGAAGAGUCAGACCAUUCUACGCAGGCACAUGGCCAAGUGUGUGUGGAAACACCCUCCAGGUGACGAGAUUUACAGGAAGGGGAACAUCUCUGUCUUUGAGGUGGAUGGAAAGAAGAAUAAGAUUUACUGUCAGAAUCUGUGUCUGCUGGCAAAACUCUUCCUGGACCACAAGACUCUGUAUUAUGAUGUGGAACCGUUCCUUUUCUAUGUCAUGACUGAAGCUGACAACACAGGGUGCCACCUUGUCGGAUACUUCUCCAAGGAGAAAAACUCCUUCCUGAACUACAACGUAUCCUGCAUCCUUACCAUGCCGCAGUACAUGAGGCAGGGCUACGGCAAGAUGCUCAUAGACUUCAGUUACCUGUUGUCCAAAGUAGAAGAGAAGGUGGGCUCACCUGAGCGGCCCCUGUCGGACCUGGGACUAAUCAGCUACCGAAGUUACUGGAAGGAGGUGCUGCUGCGCUACCUGAACAACUUUCAGGGCAAGGAGAUUUCCAUCAAAGAGAUCAGCCAGGAGACUGCAGUGAACCCGGUGGAUAUAGUCAGCACACUGCAGUCCCUCCAGAUGCUUAAAUAUUGGAAGGGGAAGCACCUGGUUUUAAAGAGACAGGACCUUAUUGAUGACUGGAAGGCCAAGGAGACCAAACGUGGUAACAGCAAGACCAUUGACCCCACAGCCUUAAAAUGGACCCCACCCAAAGGGACGUAGAGGAGCUACCAUUACACACACUCCAAAAACACACAGUCACGCACAGAUCCUCCUCUGUACACUGGCAUGCUCACAGACGCUGAGUCUAAACCCUCACUCACUAUCGUACGAAACGCUUUCAGCAGCUACAGCACAGUCACAGACACGGACAGUUGCUACUCUGGGUUCAAGUAACCACAACAUUAGUCCACAGGUAGGAUUCCUGUUAAAAGAGUUGUUUGGACAUUUCCCUAAAAUUUGAAUUAGAAAAAUAAGGAACAUCCAUAUGAGUCUGGGAAUGACUUCUCAGACACUUAACUGUGUGUUAGUAAAAACCCUGAGUUGCCAGGUUUUUAAUAGCAAGCGAUCAGGAAGGACGUCCUUCUGAAAGGAAAGCUACAUAAAUAAAAUAUGUAAAGGAAGAGGGCUAAUGAAAAGCAAUGUUUAAUUUCUGUGAGCAGGAAAACUACAUUUAGAUGUAUCUCGAGCAAUAAGCAGUGAAAUAAAGACAGAUUACAGAACAGGUCCUAACAUACAACAUACAGUACUUAACACAUUUAUAAAAAAGAAAUAUAAAUUUGCUUUAUGUGUGGCGGGAUGCUAUAAAAUUAAAUAAUUAAUUAAUAAUUAAUGAUUCAAAUCUUGUUUUAUUACUCUUUUGAUAGGGGUAGACAUUUUUACGACAAAGCAACACCGGGGUUGUCGCUGUCUUUUCAUUUUUUGCGAAUUACAUGUUCUAUGCUAAAGCUAGUAACAACUGCUGCUUAAAGUUAGCUGGUUUGUUUGGGCCAAAAGUGGGCAUUUAAAAAAUAAUAUGGUGGAAAAUAGGAAUGAUAUUCAGUCACAAUUUUAAAUAUUUAUUUCCCUGUUCAGGAUGUAGAGCAACCCUUCUCUCAUGGCAGCCAAAAUAGCUACACUCCCCUGUAUAGUAUUUUAUAAGCUAGCAAAAACCCCUACUAAAGUUAGCUGGUUAAGACUUUCCUGAAAAUGGCCAUUUUGGGAAAAAAUUGCAAAAAUAACACAGAUAUUCAAUAAAACUGAUGAAUAUUUCUUGAUUAAACAGUAUUUUAUAAGCUAACUAGCUAGUUAUAAACGAUUGAUGCUGAGUUUAGCUAAUUAGCUUUUGAUUAGCUUUUGCUAUAAAUUCUUUUUUAAAAGUGGGGGAUAACAUGAGAAUGUUAUUCAAUACAAUAUUGAAUGUUUGAUUGUUCUGAUGAAAUGGGCUUUGAGUUUUAUGUAAUUCUUUAACAUUUUCACAAAUGCAGUUAUACAUUUUACACAAUAGAACAGACAGGUUUUAUUGUACACUGACCACAGCCACUAUUCAUCUUUAGGUUCUUUUGACGUGUGUAUACGUAGCAUGGCCGCUGAUACCUUCUUGACCUCAUUUGUUGUCUGCAAAGUGAAGGUAAUCGUGCAUCGUUAGCGCACCUUCUCCCAGACACUUAAUUAGCACGGCGCACCAGGCCCGCUUGCUAAUCCAAUCAGCGGCAUGUGGUAUCAAAUCUGCAGUGCAUUUCAGUCUGUCAUUCAGACAAAAUGCAGGUCUGCAACACUUUGACUCAUGUAAACGUGUUUUUGCAGACACAGACCAGCUGGUUGUGAUUAAACAGGACCAUGUCUGGGCUUGCAUGUAAUACUGCCAUCCACAUGAUUAAAUGGAGAGUUUUCAAACAAACUGGAGAAGAAAUAAGGUUGAUCAUUCCUCUGGGACGAGUGAUGAAAUCUAAAGAAAAAAAAUGUCCAAAAGUAUCAAACCACAGUGAAUAAACAACACUGUGUAAAUUAGUGUUCACAUAUUUGACACAUACACAGGUGAAAAGUAGUGAAAAGUGAUUUGAUCUAACUUAACUUAAUGCAUUUUAUCAACUAGAUAUAGUAUUGAAAAGCUAACAUGGUUUUAGGUCAGGUGCUUUACCUUGUGGCCUUGUGGCUGUUUGAACCCAGAGCCGAUCAGUAACAGAGCUUCUCUUCUCAUGCAUCAAACCCUCACAUUGUGUCCAGCAUUUAACCCCGUCUCAUCCAUCUCUUGGUUAGCAAAAAGCUAUAGCUGCCACUGGGCCACGUUUGUACCGUCACCAAGGAGGAACCUACCCACGAUGUGUGUUUAUGUGUUUUCCGUUUGUUUUUGUCACCCAUGUUUUAAGACUUUUCUCUCAGUUGUGUCUGCAGUUUCAUUUUUUAGCAGUUUAUAGAGUUUGGGAGCUCUUGUGUGCUUUGUUUGGUUUUGUUAAAGUUCUCAAUGAUUUUCAUACUUUUUCUACCUCUGAGGUUUUACCACUGUAUAAAAAGCUAAAACGGCGCAUUAAGCUUCUGUUUUUGUUUUGUUUGGGGUUUUUUGUUGUUGUUUUUUAGUUUUUGUGUGUGUAUUAACGUGAAAAUAAUGUAGAUGUUACUGCCCAGCAAGUGUUUUGGUUUUUUUUAAUAGAUUUUUUUUAAAUAGCCUAUUUAUAUUCUUAAAAAAAACCACAUUAACUACAUAGAGCAUAAACAAGCGUAGAGGAAUCUCUCCUUUCUAGGAAAAUGAUUUCCUUGUGAAUCAAAUAUUUUUAAAAAUCUAAAUAAAAUUGUACGUGCUUUUGAAUGUGUCUACAAGCUCUUGGAAAGUACAGGAAGAACAAUCCAGAGCAUUUUCCCCACCAACAAAGGCGAUGACGGAAGUCAUUUACAUUUCAGAGGUUUAUUCCAUGUUAUCAAAAGUGACGUGAUUGAAUCAAAACAUGUCACUUUGCACAUUGUCACUACUUAUUACCACCAUAGUUGAUGCUGUGAGCUGUUAGAAAAGGGCAGCCUUGUUGUGUAAGCUCAAUAAGCAUGGUUGGCAGCACUUUUAAUUUUUGAAAUUUGUUCUAUAUGAUUGAUUAAAAUAUUAUUUUAAUUCUAUUGACAAUCUCUACAUUUAUUGAUCUGGAUCAACAUGUUGAUGAAUUUUAAUCAGCAUUUAAUGUUUUGGUAAAGGAGUAGCUGGCUGUUAUUAUCAAAUAUGGAUUUGUGAACAUUGAUCUGUGAUUGAUAUCUCUCGCGCGUCUGUUCGAUAAAUAUGAAGCUGCAGGCAGUUAGCUUAUCUUAGACUGGAAACUGGGAAAUCGCCAUUCUGGCUCGAGCAAAUAACCGACUUUAAAACAAGAAAUUCACUUUUUGUUCAGACUAAACAUCUGCUUGGUCCAACAGAGGAUUCACAUACAUCCUAACAAUCCAUCAGAAACAUUGUGCAUAAGUUUAGACAGCAGUUGGCUGUGAAAUUAGAGGUGUGUUGCCAACAAUGUCACAUUGAAUCAACCAUUAUCUUUUUUCUGUAGCUUUUGUGUCACAUUUGAGCCAUUUUCUUUUCCCGACUGCAGCUUAAAGUUACAUUUCUUCUUGUGUUGAAACAACUGUUGCCUUUAAAGUUCAUUAGUUUAAAAAAAAAGUCAAUGUCUUUUUUUUCUUGUUUUAUAUACUGAUCAUUUCUGUGUACGGGUUAUCUGCAUUUUACAUAUUAAUACAUAUUUCUGUUAUCCGGUGGUUAAUGUGGUUAAAUGCACUGUCAUCAUUGGGUCGUACAGCACAGCACAGGGCAACAGUGCUAACAGAAACUCCAUUUAUCCUUUUAGCAUCAGCUCUCAAUAAAUCACUCACAAAUGUGCUGCUGGCUGAAUUUACUUGUUGGUAGGUUGUUGUUGUUUUUUUUUAACUAAUGUGCAUUAACAUUAAAGUGCGCUUACUUACCUUUUUCUCUCUUUUUUCUUUUUUCUUUUUUUUUUUUUUUGCCUUUCAAUGAAUUUACAAUGAAUAAAAAGCAUCCUCAAACACACUCCUGGCUACAAUGUUCCAUACAUGAUUGGGAUACUUGGGCUCUUGAGGUCUUUUUUUGGCUGAGAUGACUGGUAAGCAAAAGGCUUACCAGUCAUCUUUGGUGUCAGAGAAAAUAUUAUAGAGGAUGGGUUCCUUUUUUAAGGCCUCCAUUAUGCUGAUAUUUAAGAGUCUUACAAGAAAAAAUCCCAUCAUAAAGAGUGUACUCUUUUCCUUCUUACCUGAGCAGGACCUAAUGGACCUAAUUAUAAUGCUGAAAACAGCCCAUUAAAACUGUAAAUAACUGGAGUGUUUUGAACUUUAGAAAAAAAAAUCAAAUUUACCCAUGUGUGUAGUGUUCUUGUUUUCAAGAAACCUGUCAUGACGUUGUUGUGCUUGUGUCUAUUUUCCAAUCACCUUUUCAUUCCUCCCCCUGGUGCCAAUGGUAGCUAUAGAUGGACAGUUUUAGAGCAUUUUGCUGGUUACUAACGCACCCAUAUGCUAUCACGAUUACCUGGAGAAACAAAGAUGCAUUCCUUCGCCUUUCAUAGGUCACCAGAAAGCUGUUGUUGUAGUGCUACCUAUUUAAACUACUCACACAAAGAAGUGACACAAAAGUAGCGUGACAUUGCUAUGUAGCUCAGUUGUGCUUUUGUACCUGCUUCUCCUCUUUGCCUUCCUCUUCAAUAAAGACAAAUGGUGAAACAAA